GAAAUUUUUCGAAUCGUACGUAUACGCACAGCAGUAUUUGUUGACUAUAAACGUUAGUUUUUUUCAAUAGUUUAACCAGUUGAGCAGUAAUUUCUCUAUUAAAAUAUAAGAAAAGUCCUUCUUAUCGGCUGUCUCGAUGAAUUCGGUUCAAGACUGUACUCUUUCAUAGAUUGUAGACUGGGAAAAACGCUCAGUGUGGUGCUCGUUGUGCGUCUUCCAAUGGGCGAUGGAAUCGAAAAGUUAUUCUUUCUCUCCUUAAGAAAACCCCCUGUUUCCAUCUAAAAUAACGCGAAGGCACGGCCGUGGUAGCCAACAAUGGAUGGUCACAUAAACAUCGAUCAUCCUGCAACGCUCAAUAGCAGUGGGCCAGGGGGCGUUAGUGGACCUGGAACCGGUUCCGGCGCAGGGGAUUCGACCGACGGCAGAGGCCCUCGAAAACGCUGGCAGAAAGUGCCUCAAGAUGUCAUUGGAGCAACACAUCCAUCAUACGGGACAAACGAUGUCGUUCCGAAUGUGACGAUUCGCGAUCCCAACAGUCGGCCAACAGCAUCGGCGGGUGAUGGAGGCCAAUUGCGCCCUCCAACUGGAGCAAAUGGUCCAAGCGGUCCCAACGACCGGCAGCGGGAGGAAGAAGAGGAAGGUUUGAAAUACGGUGCCCAACAUGUGAUCAAACUGUUCGUUCCGGUAACACUUUGUAUGGUGGUCGUGGUGGCCACUAUCAGUUCAAUCAAUUUUUACUCCACCAAAGAUGUGUAUCUCGUUUAUACACCAUUCCAUGAACUUUCCGAAGAUACGGGAACAAAAAUCUGGAACGCCCUCGCUAAUUCCCUGAUCUUGAUGACCGUGAUCGUUAUAAUGACAAUAUUGUUAAUUGUCCUGUACAAACGACGUUGCUACAAGAUCAUCCACGGGUGGUUGAUUAUGUCCUCGCUAUUGUUGUUGUUUAUAUUUAGUUAUCUGUAUCUGGAAGAGGUACUGCGGGCGUAUAACAUCCCGUUCGAUUAUCCAACGGCAUUGCUACUGAUGUGGAACUUCGGUGUGGUGGGAAUGAUUUCAAUUCACUGGCGCGGACCCUUACGGUUACAACAAGGUUAUCUUAUUUUCGUUGCCGCACUGAUGGCGUUGGUUUUCAUCAAAUAUCUACCCGAAUGGACGACUUGGGUAGUGCUAGCUGUAAUCUCCAUUUGGGAUUUGAUUGCUGUAUUAACUCCAAAAGGACCUCUUCGAAUUUUGGUGGAAACUGCACACGAGCGCAACGAACAAAUUUUUCCCGCUUUGAUCUAUUCUUCUACUAUCAUGUACUCAUACAUGGGUACCCAUAUGGACCCCAGUGAAGAAUCUCUUACCCGCGGGGAGCGUACAAUCGGUUCCGGUGGUGGCACUUCGGGAACCACAGUCCCCAGUUAUGGCUCAACAGGAUCGCCGGCACACAGUACAACAACUACGACGACUACCGGACAUGGCACACAUCAAUCUGCUCAACAAAACAGCGCAGAAGGUAUGCCAAUGGUUUCGUAUCGUGUCAAUUCUGCGGCAGGUCUUAUAAGACCGGAGCAAGGUUCGCUCCCGGAUCAAACCAGUGGUUUCACGCAGGAGUGGUCCUCCGGUAGCGAACAGCGUGUGGCCCGUCGGCAGAUCGAAGUUCAAGCCAACAUUGCUGCUAAUCCUAAUCGACCAGAAUACCGAACGGUGACGACGAGUUCUGGCGCCGGUAACAGGGGUACGGCCGAUUCCCAGCAGAUUCCUCUCUACGAGCAACCUGAAGAGCGCGGUAUCAAGCUGGGUCUCGGUGAUUUCAUUUUCUACUCAGUGCUGGUAGGAAAGGCAUCGAGUUAUGGUGAUUGGAACACUACGAUAGCAUGCUUCGUAGCUAUUUUAGUGGGUCUCUGCCUAACGUUACUGCUGCUGGCUAUAUUUCGGAAGGCUCUGCCGGCGUUACCUAUCUCAAUAUUUUUCGGGCUGAUUUUCUGUUUCGUAACGAGCGUAAUCGUCAAACCAUUUACUGAAGCCCUAGCCUCUGAGCAAGUGUUCAUUUAGUCCCAGCGGUAGUUGCCAGAAUGGAUGCAGUUUUACUCACUUCAUAGAGAGGUAUGUAUUGCGCUUAUUUUGACUCUUCUGUCGAUGGAAGCUGCUUUAUAUUCUACAGGCAGGCUAAACACUUCUUCUUAGCCUAGUGGACUGGCAGUAAUAAUGAUAAAUUUAUCACUAUAACUCGAGACUAACUCUGUCUAUGUUAUGCAUAAUCAAUGGUAAAAAAGCAAAUCUAUAAUAAUACAUACAUUGCAAUUAAAAAUAAAAUCAACUAUAAAUCAAGUUUUUACAAUAUAAAACCAUUUUAUCAAAUCAAAACACAAUAAAUCUUUCCUAAAAAAAUAUAUUACGAUACAUAACUACUCCAGA